AUGGAGGUGAAUUGGGAGAAUAAAAUUGCCUCUAUUAUCCGGGAAAAUGAAGAUAGUAUCUCUAAAAUCAAGCACUCACUUCAGUUAUAUCGCAAAAAACCGGACAAUAAAUUACUAGCAGCUAACUACGGUCUACAAGGAUACAAAUCUUCAGGACUUAAUUAUGCUUCUCCAACUAGCCAUGAUUUUAAUCAAAGCACUUUGGGCCAACCUAUUACUACUUCCAGUAAUAGUGUAGAGCAUAUCCGGCAAGAAUUAAUGACUCCGUCUUCACCAUUACUUGUUAAUUCACUGGUUGAAAGGAUAGAUCAGCAAGCUCAAACUAUUAGAUCACUAACAUCAACAAUGCGAGAAUUAAAGUUUCAAUUAGACGUAAAUGAGAAAAAUACAACCAAUCUGAGAGAUGAAAUUAAUAGCAUUAAAAGAGUGAACAGCCAGCAAGAAUUAGACCACAUCAUUGAAGAUAAGCUACGAAGUUGGAAAAAGCAAUUACAGCUUGAAGUCAAGGCAAUAACAAAUGAUGUUCGAAGGCGUCCAAUUCGCGAUGAUAAAGAUGACAGUUAUACAAAAAGCAGUGAGCCAGCUUUGGCCAUUCUAUCACAAGAUUUUUAUCAGAGUAAAAAAUAUGUUGAAGAAGACUUUGCUACCUUCCAAGGUAACUUGGACAGACUUCGAUCAAGAGUGGGUAAAAUUGAAGUCGAUAAAAAUAAUCUAAGCUGCGAACUUCAAGCUUUAUAUGUUAAUCAAGAUCAGAUGAAAAGGCAAGUCGAUGGAAUCCUAAAUACCCAACAUCAUCAUGCGCAACAUAUACAGUUAUUGAACGAGGAUAAACAACUUAAGAAUGCCCUUUUGCAGGAUCUGAGAUUGGCUAUUGAUAAUAUACAAGAUGAAAUUUUACAACAUGCCUCGGUAUUACAGCAGCUGAAGACAAGCCGCAGCAUUGAAGUUCGAAAGAAACACCUCAAGAAAAACCUACAACGUAAGAAGGAAGCAUUUGCAAGCACUGCCGUUGAUGGCAUUAAUAGUUCCAACCUCGUUACCGUUUCAUCAGUAUCAUCUGCAUCUGUUUCCUCUUCUGCAUCUACUAAAAGCCAAUCAUCAUCGAUAGAAAGUAGUAGCAAUAGUAUCAAUACAAGUAGUAGUGGUGAAAGCAAAAGCAGCGAUAGAUCAAAUCGUUUUCUUGCUACAAGUUCUAGUAGUGAAUCAGGUAAAUAA